AUGGAUUUAGAUGAUAAGCCCUUUGGCAUCGUAACGAUUGAUCCUACAAAGAAACGUAGAAUAGAUGACCGUAAAUCAUAUAAAACAUCUGAUCCCAAAUCAUUAGCAGCGAAUUCGUCCCAGAUCCGCGCGUCCAAUAUUUUACUCUACCAAAUUUUGAAUUGGAACCGAAACAAUUUGCUGAGGGCUACCUGGGAAGGAAGGCCCCAGGGUGUGAGGAAGUCAUACUUUGCACUGUACAACGUCGCAAGGGCAUAUGCUGAAAAAUGGUUGCUGUUCUACAUUUCAGAUGCAGCUAAACUUGAUCAGCCCGCAAUGAAGAUGUCAUCUGAUGAGAUAUUUACUGUAGAGUGUGGUGCAAACAUAUUUACUAACGUGCUUCAACAAGUAAACCGCAAAACUCUCCUAUUUGUCGAAGCUGAUGGAGUCACAGAUUCCUGA